AUGUCGGAAGCGGCACAGCUGGACGCUUUCUUGGCGGCCAUGACGCAGUACGCGCCGACUAUCCCUGACGAGCUCGUUGAUUUCUACCUACAGCAAGCUGGCUGUACCACGAACGACGUGCGCGUUACGCGUCUCGUCUCGUUAGCAGCCCACAAACUCCUGCUGGACGUGACCCACGAUGCCAUGCAAUACCAUCGCAUUCGGUCACCAUCGCCAACCGUGUCACCACUGGCCGUCCAGCUGUCGGACGGCACUUCUUCAACUGGCAAUCGUGCAGUCCUGACGAUGGAAGACCUGGCUGCCAGCUUGAAGGAGUACGGCGUCAACAUUUGCCGACCUGAGUACAUGAGCAACGUCGCAGAGGAUCCGACACUGUAG